AGACGGCGCCCCAGCCCGCACCGCCGUCGCUGCGCCCCGGGGGAUGCCGAGGCGCCGACCCCGCGGGUCGCCCUAGGGGACGAGCGCUCCGUCCGCGCCGCCCGCCCCGUGGCCCCGGCCCGGGGGAGCCCGACCCCCGCUGAGCCGCUCCGGGAGCCGCUCGCCCGUCGUCCGCCCACGCGGGGCUCCGGGGCAGGGAGAGCAGUCCGGCGCGCGGCCUCUCGGUGGGGUUUUGCGGUUAUUGGCUCCUCGCGAAGGAUGGAUACGUUUCUUCUGGUGUGGGGAUUUCUAGGGCUGAGCUUGCCCGGCUCCGGAGGCGCGGCGGAGACAGCUCAGCUGUGUGGGGGCCGCCUCAACUCCAAGGACGCCGGGUACAUCACCUCCCCAGGCUACCCCAAUGACUACCCCUCCCACCAGAACUGCGAGUGGGUCAUCUAUGCUCCUGAGCCCAACCAGAAGAUUAUCCUCAACUUCAACCCUCACUUUGAAAUCGAGAAGCAUGAUUGCAAGUACGACUUCAUUGAGAUCCGAGAUGGAGACAACGAAGCAGCCGACCUGCUGGGCAAGCACUGUGGGAACAUUGCACCUCCUACCAUCAUCUCGUCAGGCUCCUCUCUCUACAUCAAGUUCACCUCAGACUAUGCGCGGCAAGGGGCCGGCUUCUCCCUGCGCUAUGAGAUCUACAAGACAGGCUCUGAGGACUGUUCCAGAAACUUCACUGCCUCGAAUGGCACUAUUGAGUCUCCGGGUUUCCCUGACAAAUAUCCACACAACCUGGACUGCAUCUUCACCAUCAUAGCCAAGCCAAAGACAGAAAUCCUCCUCCACUUUGUGCUCUUUGACCUCGAGCAUGACCCUCUGCAGGCAGGGGAGGGAGACUGCAAGUAUGACUGGCUGGACAUCUGGGACGGCAUCCCUCAAGUUGGCCCUUUGAUAGGCAGGUACUGUGGCACUAAGAUGCCAUCAGACAUCCGCUCGACCACCGGCGUGCUGUCACUCACCUUCCACACUGACCUGGCUGUGGCUAAAGAUGGUUUCUCUGCUCAGUACUACUUGAUCCAACAGGAAGUGCCUGAAAACUUCCAGUGCAAUGUGCCUCUGGGGAUGGAGUCUGGAAGGAUCUCCAACAUGCAGAUCAGUGCCUCCUCCACCUACUCAGAUGGGCGAUGGACGCCCCAGCAGAGCCGGCUCAACAGCGAUGACAACGGCUGGACCCCCAAUGUAGACAGCAACAAAGAGUACCUCCAGGUGGACCUCCACUUCCUGACUGUGCUCACAGCCAUUGCUACACAGGGUGCCAUCUCCAGAGAAACCCAGAACGGGUACUAUGUCCGUACUUACAAGCUGGAGGUCAGCACCAACGGGGAGGACUGGAUGAUGUACCGACAUGGUAAAAACCAUAAGACGUUUCAGGCCAAUGAGGAUGCCACAGAGGUGGUUCUCAACAAGAUCCACAGCCCAGUGCUCACACGCUUUGUGCGCAUCCGUCCCCAGAGCUGGCACAACGGCAUUGCCCUGAGGCUGGAGCUGUAUGGCUGCCGCAUCACCGAUUCACCCUGCUCCAACUUGCUGGGGAUGCUUUCUGGCCUCAUCCCUGACUCGCAGAUCUCAGCCUCUUCUAUCAGAGGCUAUGACUGGUCCCCCAGCAUGGCCCGCUUGGUGAGCAGCCGUUCAGGCUGGUUUCCACGCAUUCCCCAAGCCCAGCCUGGGGAGGAGUGGCUGCAAGUGGACCUGGGCGUCCCAAAGAACGUCAAAGGUGUCAUUAUCCAGGGGGCUCGCGGAGGGGACAGCGUGACCACCACCGAGUCCCGCUCCUUUGUGAAGAAGUUUAAGGUAGCCUACAGCAUGAAUGGAAAGGACUGGGAAUUCAUCCAGGACCCCAAAACGAUGCAGGCCAAGCUCUUUGAAGGCAACAUCCAUUAUGAUAUCCCUGAAAUCCGGAGGUUUGACCCUGUUCCUGCCCAGUACGUCCGAGUGCACCCAGAAAGGUGGUCCCCAGCAGGAAUAGGAAUGCGUCUGGAAGUGCUGGGAUGUGACUGGACAGAUGUGAAGCCCACUGCAGAGACACUGGUGCCCACUUUGAAGAGCGAAGAGACCACCACCCCAUACCCAACUGAUGAAGAGGCAACUGAGUGUGGUGAUAGCUGUGGAGAAGAGGAAGAUUUCCAUCUUCCUGCAAACUUCAACUGCAACUUUGAUCCCCCUGAAGACCUGUGUGGUUGGUCACAUGACUUGGCAAUGGGCUACACGUGGUCUUUUCAGUCUGCAAGCACCUGGAUGGGCAACUCUGAACCAAGUCCCGAGACUGUGCCUGAUGUCAAGAGCUACCUGCGGCUGCAGAGCAGCGGCAGGAGGGAAAGCCAGCGCGCCAGGCUCAUCAGCCCCACCAUCUACCUGCCCCGCAGCGCCAUCUGCAUGGUGUUCCAGUACCAGGUGUGGGGCAGCAGUGGAGUGAUGCUGCGGGUCUGGCGGGAGGCCAGCCAGGAGCGCAAGGCACUGUGGGUCAUCGCAGAGGACCAGGGCAAGGAGUGGAGGGAGGGCCGCAUCAUCCUGCCCAGCUAUGACAUGGAGUACCGGAUAGUGUUUGAGGGAUUUAUACGCAAUGGCCACGCAGGAGAGCUUGCCCUGGAUGACAUCCGGCUGGGCAACGACAUCCCACUGGAGUACUGCAUGGAACCCAUCACAGCUUUUCCAGGUGAGAACUUCUACUUUCCAGUGAACUUCCCAAGAAUGAAGGAUGAUUUCCUGAUCCCUGAGCAAGACUUGGAAGACAGCGAUGAUACUGAUUACUUUGGAUCGGAUAAGAACGACACCCUGUUCUCUACUAACUCUCCAGGAAACUCGAAGCUGGACAAAGAAAAAAGCUGGCUCUACAGCCUGGAUCCCAUCCUGGUGACCAUCAUAGCGAUGAGCUCCCUCGGCGUCCUUCUCGGAGCCAUCUGUGCUGGUCUUCUGCUCUACUGCACGUGCUCGUAUGCAGGGCUGUCCUCACGGAGCUCCACCACGCUGGAGAACUACAAUUUUGAGCUGUACGACGGUAUCAAGCACAAGGUCAAGAUGAACCACCAGAAGUGCUGCUCGGAAGCCUGAUGGGUGCCCUGUGGGACCACCCUUGGCGUUGUGCCCGGUGAGGUGGGCUGGCGGGGGGGUUACUUUAUUUGCUGUUUUCUGUGGGAACUGAAUGCCAUAACGGGAACCGAGCGGCAUGGGAGGAGUGAGGGGGGGUGCUGCUCCCACUGUCAGCUCCUGCCGGAAGCUCCACCGGAACCGAGUGGGCAGCCCAGUGAACCGGACUGUGCUGGGUGAGGGGCAUUAAGACCCUUGUUUGUUGGUUCAUCUUCAUUGUCUGCUGAUGUGAUGUGGCAAGGGAGGCUGGUUUACCUUUUGGAUGUGAGAAACUAAUUGUCAGUUGUUAUUUUCCACUUCCUUUCUCUCGUGAGCUGCUGAGAAAGCUGAGGGCUUUCUUCAGCCCUAUCUUUAGGAAUGAUGCACGCACACAGCGACCCUAUCCAUUUUAGACCCUGUCCAGUUGUUAUUUUGGCUAUAGGGAUUUGUGCACUUCAUAUAAAACCCAGGAAGCUGUGGUUUCCAGUCCUGCACGUGGAAGCCUGUUGUUACCUUUCAUUUUCCUUGUCCUGGCAUGGGGGAGAGAUGGGAUGCUGGGCUUGGUGUUUGUGGUAACAACAGCGCUUUCUAAGUCAUUAAGAAAUAAAAUAGAAAGGAACCCUAUGUGUAGAAGCACCUCUUCGAGAGAAGCUGAAGAGCCUUAAAGUGAUUUGUGAAUAAGAGCCAUUUAUUAAAUCCAAAUAUUGGAUUGAAACAGCUGAGGCCUUCAUCAGGAAGGCCUUUCUUUGAAUUUCCCACCCCUCUUGAUCCUGCCCUUUUUCUUCCCCCCCCUCCUUUUUUCUUUUUUUCCUUUUUUGCUGUAAUGAGAAAA